UUACACUCGGCAAAGUGUUUGCCGAGUGUUUUCUAGGUUUUGCCGAGUGCCUAAGGCACUCGGCAAAGGAGCUGUGUCCGGUAGUGUAGAGAAUGAUGACAUGUUAAGGGGGAGAGGGAGAAACCAAGCAACUAAUUUAACAAGAGCUGGGGAUACUAGAUGGGGAUCACAUCAUAAAACCUUGUGUCGUCUUCAACUCAUGUGGAGUGCUGUCUUAGAGGUGUUAGAGAAUGUAUGUCAAGAUGCCACUAAUCUAGCACAAAGAACCAUAGCGACAUGUUUAUUAGAGAAAAUGGAGAGCUUUGAGUUUGUUCUUGUGUUACACCUCAUGAUCAAAGUUUUGGGUAAGACUAAUGAUCUGUCACAAUGCUUGCAAAAGAAAGAUCAAAAUAUUAUUCGUGCCAUAGGAUUGGUUGGUGUCACAUUGCAAAAAUUAAAUGAGAUAAGACACCAUGGUUGGGAUGCUAUUUUUGAAGAGGCCAAGGAUUUUUGUCUCAAGCAUAAUAUUGUUGUCCCAGAUAUGUCAGCGGAAAUAGUUAGAAGAGGAUGUUCUAGAGGCCAUAGAGGACAAUUGGUUACUUAUUAUGAGCAUCUUCAUCAUGAAAUAUUCAAUGUGGUGUUGGAUCAAGUUAUAGUUGAGUUUAACAAUCGUUUUGCUGAAAGGUCUACUCAACUCUUGAGAUGUGUUGCUUGUCUUGAUCCCAGUAAUUCUUUUGCCAACUAUGAUGAAGAUAAGCUUGUUGAACUUGCACAAAUUUAUGUCGAUGACUUCACAGAAUAUGAUUGUAUAGUUCUUAGAGACCAACUUGAUACAUUCAUUACCGAAGGAAGAGAAGAUUCAAGUUUCCUAUCAUGUUGUGAUCUUGGUAAUCUUGCUAUGAAGAUGGUUAAGACAGAUAGACAUAUUGUAUUCCCAUUGGUUUAUCGUCUAAUUGAAUUGGCUUUGAUUUUUCCUGUUGCGACUGCAACUGUAGAAAGAGCAUUUUCAGCCAUGAAAAUCAUCAAGACAGAUUUGCGAAAUAAGAUGGGUGAUGAAUGGAUGAGUCAUUGUAUGAUUUGCUAUAUCGAGAGGGAUAUAUUUGCAAGUAUUGAAGAUCGUCAAAUUAUAGAGCAUUAUCAAGCCAUGAGAACACGAAGGGAGCAAAUACCAAAGACAAGAAAUAUUUAUAUUGUUGAUGAAAGCAACCUAAGUAAUUGAUGAAUUGGUCAUUGAGACAAAGAUCUAUCAUUUUCUUAAUUAGGCAACCACUUGUUUUAGUCAAUUUUACGUUAUUUUGGAAUUGUUGUGUUCAUAUGAA